AUGGAGAAAGGCAAUUACACAGAUGAUGUAUCUUGCUAUAAUGAAGUUCUCCGAAUUGAUCCUUUGGCGGCUGAUGCACUUGUCAAUAGAGGGAACAUAUAUAAAGAGAUUGGGAGAGUUAAUGAAGCCAUUCAAGAUUAUAUUCAAGCCAUCAAUAUCCGACCUUCAAUGGCAGAAGCUCAUGCUAAUCUAGCUUCUGCUUACAAGGACAGUGGACAUGUUGAAGCUGCUAUAAAAAUCUAUAAGCAAGCACUUUUUCUACGUCCUGGUUUUCUAAAAGCAACUUGUAACCUUUUACAUACAUUACAGGCCUCAUUUGUGGUGAAACGGCCAUUCCUUUUUGCUGUUUGGAAAAUGCACUUUUAA